AUGGAGAAAACAGGUAGCUAUGGUGCCGAUCUGCUUGGUUUUAUGAUGUCUGAGAGCAAGCAGCAGAGGAGAGUCAAUGGAAAAAGUAAUGCAAGCCUGAGCACGGAGGAAAUAAUUGAUGAAUAUUGGCAAGAGCGAGGUCCCAGAGAGGUGUUGGAAGUAUGUGGGAGAAACAAUUAUCCAGAUGCAGACAGCUUAAGUCGUCUUAAAAUUGUGGGAAUGAUCAUAAAUGAGGUCAUGAGACUUUAUCCACCUGCAGUGGGUGUAUUGAGACAGGCUUGUGUGCCAACGAAAGUUGGAAGGAUCUCAAUUCCUGCAGGCACCCAACUUGAGCUUCCGAUCAUUGCAAUUCACCAUGAUACUGCUCUGUGGGGAAAUGAUGCCAAAGAUUUCAACCCAGGGCGAUUUAGUGAAGGAAUUGCAAAGGCUGCAAAGCAUCCAAUGGCAUUCAUGCCCUUUGGAACAGAGCCAACUAAAUGUGUGGGUCAGAAUUUUGCCUUGUUGGAAGCAAAAUUAGUGCUGGCCAUGAUUCUGCAAAAUUUUUCUUUUGUGACUUCACCAUCUUAUACUCAUGCUCCUUUGCUUGUAUUUACUCUACGACCUCAAUACGGAGCUCAGAUUAUCUUCCACGUGGACUAAU